AUGUACAUAACGUUAAAAACCGUCAUUACGGCGAUACUUACUCAAGAGAUGACGAUCAGUCCAAAAGACGCGCUGGAGAAGCCCAGCAUCGACGAGUUCGUGCAAGGCAAACCUCUAGGCGAAGGCAAUUUCUCACGCAUCAUUGAAGUCAAACACAAAGCAACGGGCGAGCAAUUUGCACUAAAAGUAAUUGAAAAGCAGCGCAUUAAACGGCUGCGACUCCGUCACCGGAACAUUUACAAUGAGAUCAACAUGGAGAAAGACGUACUGAAUCGACUGCGUCACCCCAACAUCAUUCGUCUGUACCAGACAUUUCAAGACAAAACUAAUCUGUAUUUCUUACUGGAGCUACUGAAUGGCGGCGAGCUGCUUAGUCACCUGCUGCAUGAAGGUCAACAAUUGGGUCUUGACGAAGAUCUUGCACGUUUCUACCUGGCCGACGUCGUGAAUGCAAUUGAGUACAUGCACGCGAACCAAGUGCUCCAUCGUGACUUGAAACCGGAGAAUAUGGUAACUUGUAAAGCUUCAGGUGGACAUUUAAAGCUCAUUGAUUUCGGUACGGCUAAAAACCUGGUCGAUAAGAAGCUCGACGGACCAAAUUUUGUUGGCACGCCUGAGUAUAUGUCCCCUGAGACAAUAGACAAUAAGAAACCGACCUAUGCAAGUGACAUAUGGGCAUUUGGCUGCAUCGUCUACCAGCUUUUGACAGGAGAGACACCAUUUAGCGGAGGAAGUGCUUAUCUUACUUUCCUGCGCGUCAAGGCCGGAAGUUACUCUGUGCCGGACUACCUCUCUCCCGAAGCUCGCGACCUGAUCAGCAAACUACUUCAGAAAGAUCCUACGGAGCGCCUCGGUGGCACUCGAUCGAACGCAAUGAGUGCAGUCAAAGCACACCCCUUCUUCAAAGGCAUUGAUUUCGACAAUCAUACGCAAGCAACAAUGCCCUUAUCGCGAUUUUGUGGAUCUGAGUUUUUCCCACUCAUAACCAGCCUCGGUGGUGCGGAAAAGUCUCGUAAUGUCCGUCACCCACUAGACUUUAGUGGAGUGAUACAGGACCAAGUGAAUGCGCUUUCGCCACGUGACAGGAGUAUAGUCAUGCACAUUCUUCGACGUAGACAUAUGUUGCACCUACCAGCUAUAUACCCUCGCUUCUUUAGCUCGAGUAGCCGCGGCCGGUGCUUGUACGCCAGCAAUCGAGGAUACGUAGGAUUUACACACGAUCUUCAAAGUCAAUGGAGCGACAAUUUCUCUUUCAUACAGUUGUCUGGACCGAAGCUAGGCCAGGCAACCGCCUUGGCUGAAGCAGACAACCAAGGAGGCUCAACGUGGAAAGCAGAAUCGAAAGCGUUCCUCAAAGCGAUUGAUGUUUUGAACUCGCAACGACCGGCAUUUGUUGUGAUAUGCGGAGGGUUUGUUUACUCGAAGCCGAGUCAAACAUAUUAUGAUGCUCAAGUCACAGCAUUCCAAGAGCUGCUCAAUCAAAUUAUACCCCAAAUUCGCCUGGUUUUUGUUGCAGGGCUAGACGAAUUUGACACACCAGAUGAAAUGAAUAAAUACCAAGAAAACUUCGGUGACACUCGAUUCAGCUUUUGGUUCGGCGGGAUAAAGUGUAUUGUUGCCAACACUACGACACUCUGUCGUGAACAAGAAUUUUCAGAGGAAGUUACAGCACAGACUGAAUGGAUGAAGAAAGAGCUAGAAAAUGGGAAACUGUGUGCUCGAGGCACUGUGGUAUUUUCGGGUCACUCGCUUUAUUGGACAGCUUUGGGUACUCAAGAAAAAAGAAAUGACGAACAGGCAGCCUCGUGUGUAGGAGUCCCCGAGCAGCUUCGAGCAAAGUAUUGGGAUAUGAUACGUAAUGGUCAGGUGUGCCUUGUGGUGAGCGGAGGCUCGACUAUUAGCAAUGUGACCAGCGUUGUGUUGAAAGGCGCUGGGGAAGAGACAGACGAGUACAAGUGCGAGCUCGUGUCUUGCAACACGCAAUGGAGAGAUUCUUCCAGUGUCAUUUUUAAAACUGAGGUGUCCCAGGCUGGCGUCGUCACGAAAGCAUAUCUCAUGGAGAGCUUAUGUACCACAUGA